GGACCGAGGCCCGCGCGCGGGCCGGGAAGUUGGUCCCCGCCGCCCCUCGCCAUGGGCCGGCCGGCGCGGGUGGUGCCGCUGUGCGCGUGCGUGUCUUUGCUGGGCGGCCUGACGUUCGGGUACGAGCUGGCCGUCAUCUCGGGGGCCCUGCUGCCCCUCACACUGGAGUGGGGCCUGAGCUGCUGGGGCCGCGAGGUGGCGGUGAGCAGCCUGCUCCUGGGGGCCCUCCUGGCCUCGCUGGCGGGGGGCGCCCUCAUCGACGGCUGCGGCAGGAAGCGCGCCCUCCUCGGGAGCAACGCGGUGCUGCUGGCGGGCAGCCUCGGCCUGGGCCUGGCCGGCUCCCCGGCUUGGCUGAUCCUGGGCCGGCUGGCGGUUGGCUUUGCCAUCUCGGUGUCGUCCAUGGCCUGCUGCAUCUACGUGUCGGAGCUGGCGGGGCCGCGGCAGCGGGGCGUGCUGGUGGCCCUGUACGAAGCUGGCAUCACCGUGGGCAUCUUGCUCUCCUACGCCCUCGGCUAUGCCCUGGCGGGGGCCCCCGGGGGCUGGAGACACAUGUUUGGCUGGGCCGUGGCGCCGGCCGGCCUGCAAUCCGUCAGCCUCCUUUUCCUCCCGGCGGACGCGGAGGACGCGGCUGUCCUCGGGGACCUCGUGCCGCUGCACGGCGCCGAGCCCCCCACGCCGGGCCCCCCACGGCCACGGUAUUCCUUCGUGGAUCUCUUCAGAGCCAAGAAUAACAUGCGGGGCCGGACGGCGCUGGGCCUGGGGCUCGUGCUCUUCCAGCAGCUCACGGGCCAGCCCAACGUGCUGAGCUACGCCGCCACCGUCUUCCGAGCCGUGGGCUUCCGCGGGGGGUCCUCGGCCGUGCUGGCCUCCGUGGGGCUCGGGGUGGCCAAGGUGGCCGCCACCCUGGCCGCCCUGGGCCUGGUGGAGCGUGCGGGCCGCAGGGCCCUGCUGCUUGCGGGGUGCGCGCUCAUGGCCGUGUCGGUCAGCGGCAUAGGCCUGGUCAGCUUGGCGGUGCCCGUGGGCCUGGGCCCCAGCUGCCAGGCCGUACCGAGUGCCGCCCGGCAGACAGCCCUCCCGGGAGGCACUGCCCUCCCUCCCCAACCAGGAGCCAGCAGGGACCCACGGCGGCCCAUCUCGUCACCCGCGGGGACAACCACUCCCCAUCCCGGAGUCAGCAGCGGCGUCACGGAGCCCCCGAGCCCCGCCCCCGAGCGCCUCCUGCUUCGCUGGGCCGCGCUGGCCUGCAUGCUGGUCUUUGUGAGCGCCUUCUCCUUGGGGUUUGGGCCAGUGACCUGGCUGCUUCUCAGCGAGAUCUACCCCGCAGAGAUCCGAGGAAGGGCCUUCGCCUUCUGCAACAGCUUCAACUGGGCCACCAACCUCUUUGUCAGCCUCUCCUUCCUGCACCUGCUGGGUGCCAUUGGCCUGUCCUGGACCUUCCUGCUCUACGGGCUGACCGCUGCCCUCGGCCUGGCCUUCAUCUACUUCUUCGUCCCUGAAACUAAAGGCCAGUCACUGGCAGAGAUAGAGCGGCGGUUCCAGAACCUUCGGCUCCCCCUGGGGGCUGGCCAUGGGCAGAGCUCUCCUAGCAUCCACUACCACCUCGUUGAGUUCUCCGAGGCCUCCUGAGUGAGUCUGCCCUGCCCGGAAGAUUCUGGAAGGUUGGUGUCAGCAGAUCUCCCACUCCCUGCUUACAGACACCCAGAGCACAAGUUGCAGGUGGUCGGUUGGAAGAUCCCCAGCCCCGGAGGAGGGCUUUUUAUUGUAUCUGGGGUGCGAGGAACGGAAGUCAGAGAACCCUGAGGGUUUCGCCCCGUGCCUCAGUUUCCCCCACAGUGCAUACAAUGCGUCCUCACUGCACCAUGGAUUGUCUCAAGAGCACUGGUCCUGUAGGCAGGGGAUUCUGGAGCCACCCCUAACUUUGUACCCAGUAGUUCUGGGUCACAGGGCUGAGGAGAGAGGUGCGGAUCCGACGGGCUUCCCAGAGGAGGAGGCGCCAACCUGAGCUUGCUGUGGAAGUAGACAGAGAACAGGGCCCGGGAGCCGGACGCCUAGCCUCCGGAGCCCUUUAUAAACCACGCCCGCUGGGGCCUUUUCACCACAGAAAACCUCCUGGAGCCCAGACGCCAGGCGGGAGGGGCCGCCUGGCUCCCGUCACGCAGUGUGGUUCCCAGCGGGCGCCCCCCAUUCUGCUGUGUGCACGGGGCAGCCCCUGCCCUGCCGUCCACCCGGGUUCUCACUGCUGUGUGGGUCGUGGUUUGAUGGAGGAGGGGAGGCUCCGGGACUCGGCUGAGCCCGGAGAGGCGGCGGGAGGCAAGGGCAGGGUGGAGACCCGGCCAAGAGGCCCGGCUCCGGCUCUGCCUCAGUGGCUCUGCAAAGCAGCCCUGCCUGGCUAAGCCUCGCCUUCCUCGCCUGCAGAACGAGGACGAUGGGAACCCUUGCUGGCCAGGUUCAUUGAGACACUGACCAGGAAGCCAGUUUCAACGCUGUACAGGGUAGCGCACCCACGGAAUGCGCGUGUCCAGGGCUGAGUGUGGCAAUGCACACCUGUGGUUCCAGUUACUCCGGGUGGGGGUGGAGAUAGAGCCAUCAAUUUGAGGGUAGGCAGUGCAGAGAACAAGUUAGGAAGACCUUAUCUCAAACAAGCAGAACAUGGUGGUCAUACCUGUAAUCUCAGCUGCAUAGGAGGCGGAGGUGGGGUUUGAGCCUAGGCAGAAACACAAGACGCUGGUGGGGGCGGUGGGGAAGGGGUAACAACACAAAAAGGUUUGGGGGUGUGGCUCACGCAGUAGAGUGCUUGUGACAAAAAUAAAUAAUACGAGGAGAACAGAUUUCCAAAUAGGUGAUUGGUCUGACCGAGUGAGGCUAAACCCUGAAAUGAAAUGACACAGCGCAACCCAGUUCUCCAAAGUGGUCUCGUGUGGCGUGCUGGGCCGCAGCACCACAACAGGAGGGUGCAAGUCGGGACAUGGUGCUCACUGCUUUAAGUCCACGUAUUUAAUUUUAUUUCUCUCCGAAGAGCUCUGGCUAGUUUGGAGCUGCACUUUGCAAUCUGGCCACCAGGUGGCAGGCUUCAAGGACUGACAGGCAGCCGUCAUCUGAAGACAGGGUGUCCCCAGAAAGGGACUGGAAAGGACAUUAAUGCACACCCCCCCUCCCCCAUUUAGCUCUUUCUGUACUGCUACAUGUU